CGUAUUCAGGGGAUAAUAGACUAACACACACAUUUGUCAAUCCCCCUUUCCUAAAUCUCAGCCGUUUGAGUUCCUUUAUUCCCCUCCACCCUCUUUGGAGAGGGGACACGGGAUGAGCAGAGCUUUUGGAAUGUGUGCAGCAGCUGCUACGUCACCGCGGUCUCUCAAGUCUCACUCCAUCCGAAGAUCUCAGUAAAGCCCGAGUCCCGUGGAAAAACAGUUUUUAUGGACUUUAAAAACGCCAUUUUACAAUAACGUCUAUUACCCAUACCAGCCAAAGACCCAAGGGACCCACUCAUCAGCUGGGAUCCCCUCCCCCCUAACCUCCCCCCUGAGCCAGCCCUCCUCCAGCAGCCGGUGUCCUCCAGCACCACCUCCACCAGCCAUGUCUGCCUCCACAUCCACCAUCAUCCCGCCCUUCAAAUUCCGUCCGCGACGCGAGAGCGUUGACUGGCGCCGGAUCAGCGCGGUGGACGUGGACCUGGUGGCCAGCGAGCUGGACUUCCAGACCCUGCAGGAGCACAUCACAGGGGUGACCUUCUGCAACGUGGAGGGGGAGCGUUGUGUCCGCUGCCAGAGCCCCGUGGACCCAGCGCUGCUCAAGCUCUUCCGCCUGGCACAGCUGACAGUGGAGUACCUGCUGCACUCCCAGGAGUACUUGACCCUGAGCCUGGGGGCGGCCGAGGAGAGGCUGCAGACCCAGGCCCGCGAGCACCAGCAGCUCCUGGCCCAGCAGCAGAAGCAGGCGGACCAGGCCAAGGUACUGAAGACGGAGCUGAAGCAGAGGAAGAAAAUCAUUGCUCUCAACCAGCAGGCUAUGAUCAACAUGACCAAUUGCCAUAAGUGUCAACAUUGUGAUAAAGCCUUCAUGAAUUCCUCCUUUCUCCAGAAUCAUAUGCAACGUCGCCAUGCAGAUGAGUACGACAGCCAGUUAAGGACAGGCAACCAGAGGGAAGUGAAGAGCAUUGCAGAUGAGGAGGAGAUCAGUCGGCUGAAAGGGCAGCUGAGUUCCAUCACAUCUGAGCUGGAGUCACAGAGACAAGCCCUCUUGGCCAAAGCCUCUCAGGAAAGAGACCAGCAGUCCAUGCACCAGGAUUUGAUGAGAAAGUUAGAGAGAUGGAAGGAAGAAGAACACAGGAAGAUAGAGGAGAUGAGAGACGGUUUCCGGAGGGAGAUCGAGAUGCUUCACAACAGGAACGCUCUUCUUCAACAAAAAGUGGAUCUCAAGAUGACUACUCCUGUGAGGAGGUCCAGUCCUGCUACCCAUCAGACUGACCAAGACAUGGAUGAAAAAAACAAUGUUGUAGUCCAGAAGAUGGAUCAGAAACACAAGAAACUGGAAGAAAGGUUUACAUCAAAAAUAGAAAAAAUGAAGGCUAACCAUGAGAGCGAGAAGUAUCAGUGGCAGGAUCAGUUUAGCAGGUUGGAGUCGUCUGUGGUGGAGUGGCAGCAGCAGAGCCAGAGGCAGAAGGAGGAGAGUGACCAGCGGCUUCAGGAGCGGGACCUAAUCAUCCUCUCUCAGCGAGAGCAGAUAAAGCAUAUGUCCUCAAAUCCACCUACUAAAGUAGUUGAAGUUCCAGUGAUCAUAACAGCCCCAGCACCAGAGCCUAAACCAAAGAGAGUAGUGAAGGAGCAGCCUCCCUCUGCUCGUAAACUGGAUCCUAUAGAGGAGCUGUCUGAGGAGGACAAAGACUCGUCCAGCGUGUCUGAGAAGAAGCCAGUUGUUGUAAUGAAGCAGGCGUCUUCGGUGACCAGUGUCCUGAGGAAGAACCCCGACAUCAAGAGGGAGCUGCGUCCCGCCCUGGAGCAGGCACUCCUAGAGAAGCUUGAGUCCCUGGGAGUCAAACCGGGUCUGAGGGGACUCGGAGGCAGCGAGUACAGUGAUCUCAUGGCUACGGUGCGCUCGGAGAGAGAGAGUACGGCGAGGGACAUUCCGGACUACUGGCGUCACCGUGAGGAUGUGGCGCACACGUUGCUUCUGAGACUGAAGGACAAGAGGAAGGGGAGUGACUCUGCCCCCGAGCAGCGGGUCAAACCAAAACAACCCACUCAAGUGACCCAGGCCAGACAACGGUCCAGAAGCCUUUCCUCCAAGGUGACACAAGUGAUUUCAGGACCACCAGCAGCGCCUGCCAAACAGCCUGCCCCUCGGACCCUUACCAGUACCCUGCCCAAGACCUCCACUCCCAAGACCCCUCCCUUCAGCUCAGACGACAAGUCAACAGAGGAGGAGUCUGAAGAGGAGAAGCCACCUCAGAAAUCCAGGCAGGAGCAGAGAGUCCCUCAUCACAGAGCGUCCCAGCCCAAACCAACACAACCCAAGACCACCCCCCAUCACAAACUCACCCAGUCCAAACCGGUCCAGGCCAGAUCUGGCCAGCCCAGGACCACCCAGGCUCAGCCAUAUAAACCCCAGCAGCCCAGAAGCGCUGUGGUCAACACAACCAAGAUGGGGGUCAACGUAGUAGAGAGUGAGGGAGAGUGGACAGAGGGGAGUGAGUUGGAGGAGAUCGACCAACAACAGCUCCAGAACUGCAAAGACCAGAAUGGGAACGUACAGAAGACUACAAACAAUAACCUGGUCAAGGACUUGACUCAGAGCCUGGAGAAGCAGCUUGCAGACCGAGGACCAAAGAAGUCGCUAGGGGGAGUGAGCUUCUUACCAGAGAGGAAAGACAAAGACGUUGUACGGGAACUCAAGUAUACAAACGAUGAUGAUGAGGAUGACUGGGAUAUCUCCUCGUUGGAUGACCUAUCGGUCCCCGCCCCCGUGAGGAAGAGCCUGGACUCAGACAGCACUACCAGUGUCUGGGGAACAUCCACCGGGAAGGGGCAGAAAACAGGUUUGAAUGAAGCAGGAACCGGCAGCGACUGGAGUGACGAUGAUAUAUAGUCCUAUGGAGGUGAUACAGUUCUACAAUGAUAAAACUCAAUAUGACGCCCAUAGGAAUUCUUUGGAAGGCAAAUAUACUUCUACAUGAUUUACCGAUACUGUUAGAAUUACAGUUGCAUGUAGAAGAGACUUAAUGAAUGGAUCCUCUCUGUUCAGGACACAGUGUAUCUCUAGAGAUAUACACCUAUGACAGUGGUAGCCAACUGCCUUGUGGCAGUUUUCAGUGUUUUUAUUUUAUAUACAGAUUAUAUGUUAGCUAUAGUGAAUUGUCAACUUAGAGGUUUUAUGAAAUGUGAUAUUGCACUUCAUGUGAGGUACCUGUAUGAUUUGUGUCAAAACAAUUUACAAGACAUUUGUGUUUCCCAUGAAAGAAAAGAAAAUGUGUUUUUUAUCUAAAAUAUUUAUACAUGCUAGCAAUAAAUAUUUAUUUUUGUAUCAAA